UAAAGCUACUCUUCCGGAAGUGGAGGCUCCAGGCUGCGGGUUCCAGCCGGGCUGGACUUGCGGAGGUAGAGGCAGCACCCAGAGGAGCCUUUUGCCACCGGUCCGGAUCGGGAAUGUCGAAGAACAUGGUGUCAUCGGCCCGGUUCCGGAAGGUGGACGUGGAUGAGUACGGCGAGAACAAGUUCGUGGACGAGGAAGACGGGGGCGACGGGCAGGCUGGGCCCGACGAGGGCGAGGUGGAGUCCUGCCUGCGGCAAGGAAGCAUGACAGCUGCCCUGCAAGCGGCUCUGAAAAGCCCCGCUAUCAACACCAAGAGUCAGGCGGUGAAGGAUCGAGCAGGCAGCAUUGUCUUGAAGGUGCCCAUCUCUUUUAAAGCUAACGACAUUGAAAAGGCAGUUCAAUCUCUGGACAAGAAUGGUGUGGAUCUCCUAAUGAAGUACAUUUAUAAAGGCUUCGAGAGCCCCUCUGGCAAUAGCAGUGCUGUGUUAUCGCAGUGGCAUGAAAAGGCACUCGCUGCUGGAGGAGUGGGAUCCAUUGUUCGGUCCUGA